CCAGAGUGCGCACCUCGGGCCACGGACGAGUCCGAGGGCAGCAGAAGAAUCCAUGAUCCGCACCUCGCACCCCUGCCAGUGGGGCGCUGGCUGAGAAUGGCGCCGCCCAAGUCUAGCUGUCACGAUAACGCGCCGCCCGCUAGGCCAAGCUCUACCUGCGAGACAAAGGUGAAAAAGGGCCGGCACGACGCUCCCUUGCCGCCGUCGUUGGGGGGAGUGGUGUGGCCUCGCUCUGCUUCUCUCUUGAUCAAUCGAUUCGGGUACUCGAAACCUUGUCGCCCCCCCAUCGCCAUUAACAAACGAGCCUCACCACCACCAUGGUAGACUCGACGACAACCACGCUGGCUCCGUCCAUCAAGGACAACCACAACAGAAGCACCAGCACCAGCAGUGGCCCAGCUGGCAGCAACACCGACGAGAAGGUCGCCGCCUCCCCCACAACCAAAGACAACAACAACACAAACACCACCGACGGGAGCGGCACCGGUGUCGAAGUCGACGAGAACGGCGUCCCCUACGUCACCGGCGCCAAGCUCUACCUCAUCAUCUUCUCCCUCGCCCUCGCCGUCCUCCUCGUCGCCCUCGACCAGACCAUCAUCGCCCCCGCCCUCGGCGCCAUCACUGCCGAGUAUGGCACCGUCAAGGACAUUGGCUGGUACGGCUCGUCCUACCUCCUCACCUCGACCGCCCUGCAGCCCCUCUACGGCACCAUCUACCGCAACUUUGGCAUCAAGUACUCGUUCCUCGCCGCCGUCGGCCUCUUUGAGCUGGGAUCCCUCGUCUGCGCCCUCGCCCCGACCUCGACCGCCUUCAUCGUCGGCCGCGCCGUGGCCGGCCUCGGUGCCGCCGGCCUCUUCUCCGGCGCCAUCGUGAUCCUGAGCUACACACUGCCUCUGCGCAAGCGUCCUGCCGUCUAUGGCAUGUUUGGCGGCAUCUGGGGCAUCGCCUCCGUCGCCGGGCCUUUGCUCGGCGGUGCCUUUACCGACCACGUCACCUGGCGGUGGUGCUUCUUCAUCAACCUCCCCAUCGGCGCCGUCGCCUGCGUUGUCAUCUUCUUCUUCCUUAACAUCACGCGCGAGACCAACGCUGACAACAAGUCCAUCGGCGCCCGCAUCCUCCUGCUCGACCUCCCCGGCGCCUUUGUCCUGCUCCCCGCCAUUGUCAUGCUCCUCCUCGCCCUCCAGUGGGGAGGAGUCGAGUACCCCUGGCGCGACGCCAAGAUCAUCGGCCUGUUCUGUGGCGCCGGCGCGCUCGCCCUCAUCUUUGUCGGCAUCGAGAUCUGGCAGGGGGACAAGGCCCUGCUGCCCCCGCGCUUCUUCAAGAACCGCAACAUUGUCUGUGCCAUGCUGUUCGCCCUGUUCUUUGGCGCGUCCUUCUUCCCGCUCGUGUACUACAUGUCCCUCUACUUCCAAGCCGUGUUCGGCGACACGGCCGUCGAGGCCGGCCUCAAGCUCCUCCCGCUGCUCAUCGCGGUCGUCGUCUCGUCCAUGGCGUCGGGCGUGCUCAUCACCGUGUUCGGCUACUACAACCACAUCAUCCUGGUCGAGAUGGCCCUGGUCGCCAUCGGCGCCGGGCUCAUCACCACGUUCAACCUCGCGACCCCAAUGUCCCAAUGGUUCGGGUACCAGGUCGUCUGCGGCCUGGGCAUCGGCGUCGGGUUCCAGGCGGGAGUGCUCGUGGUGCAAAACGUCGUCACGCAGGAGCUCGUGCCCCAGGGUACCGCCUGCGUCCAGUUCUUCCAGCAGCUCGGCGGCGCCGUCUUCAUCGCCGUCGCCCAGACCCUGUUCCAGAACGGCGUCAUCGAGGGCCUCGCCCGCGACACCCCGGGGCUUGACCCGGCCAUCAUCAUUAAUACCGGCGCCAACCUCGUGCCCCAGACCCUGGCCUCCAUGGGCCUCGCGGACCUCACGGAAAAGGUCCUCACCGCCUACAUGGACGGCCUGCGCGACACCUUCUACCUCACCCUCGGCGGAGCCUGCGCGGCCUUCUUGGUCGCCUUCGGCCUCGAGUGGAAGAAGAUCGACAAGGCCCAGAAGAGCGACGCCGGCGCGGCUGCUGUAUAAACCAAGCCGUCCGCGCCGCCGCCGCGACUUUGUGCCUGCUCGUGGGCUGGUUUUUGCAGUUAGAUGACGAGGCUUGGGACCCCACCAGCGUCACCCUUGGGACUUGAGCACAAGAGUGCUGCAGCAGCGUUGUCCAGUCGUCUUCUGCCUGAGCUCACCAGCCUCCGGGUCGAAUGGCUUGUCUGUGGCAAGCUUGCGUGGGAAGUUCGGGACAAAAGAGACCUAAAUAUUCAGCAUACCUCAUUGUAAUUUGCUUGCGAGAGCAAGAAAACGUGAUACCCCCCUCUCAGAUAAUAGAAUACUAUUCUUCUUGGUUUUUUCCAUCUUCUCAAUCACCGAGUCCAAAAAUGAACGCUUGCCUAGGAACAACAACAACACUCCCACGGAGGUAAACGGUUUACGUCCAAGAGACAGCUGGUUUCUGCGCCGCAGAUCGCUGAUACCUGGAGACUAGACAUGAACAUUACCCCUCAAGCACGCACGUC